UUAGAAAUCAAAGCAUUAAAAUGUUUAUUAAAUUAUUUUCGUUUGUGUUUUUGGGCUACGUUUUGUGCAUAACUAAUGCCGAGGCAUAUAAGGAGUCAUACGGCUAUACAACUGUACGUCCGGGCGCUCACAUGUUUUCAUGGCUUUUCUCACCCAAAACUAGCAAUAACUCGAAUGCACUGCCACUGGUUAUAUGGCUUCAGGGAGGUCCGGGUGCGAGUUCUGCCGGUUUUGGAAAUUUUCAAGAAAUCGGACCGUUAGACACGAAUAUGAAAGUGAGAAACACUUCAUGGAUUAAAUACGCGAAUCUGCUAUUCAUUGACAAUCCUGUGGGCGCGGGAUAUAGUUAUGUCGACAACAGUAGUCUCUUAACCAAGAAUAACAAUGAGAUCGCCAAAGAUUUGGUCACUUUUAUGAAAGAAUUCUAUAAGAAAUCGCCAGAAUUUGAAUCGACGCCAUUGUAUAUCUUCUGCGAGUCAUACGGCGGUAAAAUGACCCCAACUUUUGCCAAAGAGUUGCAUCGAGCCAUUCAAAACAAAGAGAUCAAGGCCAAUUUCAAGGGCAUAGCGUUGGGCGAUGGAUGGGUCUCACCCAUAGACUCGGUGUCCACGUGGGGACAGUAUCUCUACACUUUGUCAUACAUCGAUAGACACCAAAAGAGUCAAAUCGAUGCCAAAGCCGAAGAGAUCAGAACUGCUCUGAAAAAUGGCAAAUAUUCAGAGGCGACCGAUAAGUGGUCAGCUUUGGGGCAAUUUGUUAUGGCCACAGACGGUGGUAUCGACUGGUAUAAUGUACUUUUCGGAUCAAACUUUCCAACCAAUUCAAAAUAUCUGAAUCAAAUAAACUCAUUGAGUAAUACAACACACAAGAGUAGUAUUGUUAGACAUUUGGCUCCAUAUCAUAAUGCUGAUUUGGCCACAUUAAUGAACGGCCCCAUUAAGACCAAACUUAGAAUCCCAGAACAUGUAAAAUGGAGUCAGAUGUCAAUGGAUGUAUUCGUCAGCUUGUGGUCUGAUUUCAUGCGCGAUGUGGUCAGUGAUGUGGACUACCUGUUGGCCAACACAGACCUCAAAGUGGUUGUAUAUACGGGUCAAUUGGAUUUAGUGGUAAACACAUUGGGAACACUCAAUUGGGUUCAUUCACUCCAAUGGCCAGACCUGAAGAACUUCGAGAUCGCAAAGAGGGAACAAAUGAGCGGCGAUAAAGUGGAGGCAUAUAAGGAGGCGUCGGGUUAUAUGAGCGUACGUCCGGGCGCUCACAUGUUUUGGUGGCUUUUCUACACCAACUCUAGCAAUAACUCGAAUGCACUGCCGCUGGUUAUAUGGAUUCACGGAGGCCCGGGUGGGAGCGCUACCGGUGAUGGAAACUUUAAUGAAAUCGGACCGUUAGACUCGAGUUUGAAAGUGAGGAACACUUCAUGGAUUAAAUACGCGAAUCUGCUAUUCAUAGACAAUCCCGUGGGAACCGGAUUUAGUUAUGUCGACAAUAGCAGUCUCUACGCCAAGAAUAACGAUGAGAUCGCCAAAGAUUUGUUGACUUUAAUAAAGGAAUUCUACAAAAAGUCGCCAGAAUUUGAGUCGACGCCAUUGUAUAUAUUCGGUGAGUCAUACGGCGGCAAAAUGGCCGUCGGUUUUGCCAAAGAGCUGCAUCGGGCCAUUCAAAACAAAGAGAUCAAGGCCAAUUUCAAGGGCAUAGCGUUGGGCGACUCCUGGAUAUCACCCAUAGACUCGGUGUCCACGUGGGGACAGUAUCUCUACACUUUGUCAUACAUCGAUAGACACCAAAAGAGUCAAAUCGAUGCCAAAGCCGAAGAGAUCAGAACCGCUCUAAAGAAUGGCGAGUAUGAAAAGGCGAGCAAUAAGUACGCAGAAAUGGCUGCUGUUACUCAAACCGCAGAUGGUAAUGUUAGCUGGCAUAAUAUACUCUAUGGAUCACCCUUUAAACCUUUGGACGCAUUAAUGAACGGUCCCAUUAAGACAAAACUUAAAAUCCCAGAACAUAUCAAAUGGAGUCAAACGUCAAUCGAUGUAAUCACUAACUUAUUGUCUGAUUUCAUGCGCGAUGUGGUCAGUGAUGUGGACUACCUGUUGGCCAACACAGACCUCAAAGUGGUUGUAUAUACGGGUCAAUUGGAUCUAAUAUGUAACACAUUAGGAACACUCAAUUGGGUUCAUUCACUCCAAUGGCCAGACCUGAAGAACUGGGAGACAGCAAAGAGGGAACAGAUGAGCGGCGGUUACGUUAAGACAUACAACAAAUUUUCUUUCUAUUGGAUUAUUAAAGCCGGACAUAUGGUUCCCGCAGAUGCCGGCGAUUCAGCCCUCGCAAUGCUUCACAAAGUUAUUCAGUCUUAGAUUUGUUGACCGCUUAUUAAAUGUACAUAAACUGCUAAAUUGUUUAUAAUAAAAUCUAAAAACUAAAAU